CCCGGCAGCUCGGGGUUGGUUGUGGGCCUGUAGGACGCGAGCGGAUGUUCUUUUGGAAACAGCGACCCGUGUCGCUGCAUGCGUGUUUUGGUUACUAGGCUUCUGAGAGAAAAGGCACGAGCCGGAGACCCUGCUAAAGGGGCACAGUGAGAAGCAGGAAACUUUCUGGAAUGAAGGCAAUUAGCGCGGUCCUUCUCCACGGGGGAUCACCAGUCAUGGCAAGAAGGGCCUUGAAACUUGCCUCGCUGGCAGCAGCUGCUUCUGGCAUCUAUCUGUAUGGCAACAAGUUCAUGGAUCCCAAUGAUUUUGGAGUUGUUCGUGUGGGCCGAGCCAUUGCCACAACGGCAGUUAUCACCUAUGACUACCUCACCUCCCUUCGCAAUGUCCCAUAUGGAUCAGAGGAAUAUGACUUCCUCAAAUCACAGGUGCACCUGCGCUCUGCUGAGCGCCUCCGAGAGCUGUGCUGUGCCAACCGAGGCACCUUCAUCAAGGUGGGCCAGCACUUGGGAGCACUUGACUACCUGCUGCCAGAGGAGUACACCCGCACGCUCAAGGUGCUGCACAGCCAGGCCCCACAGAGCACCAGGCAAGAGAUCGAGCAAGUCAUCCGUGAGGAUCUGGGCAAAGAGGUAAAAGAACUCUUUGUGAGUUUUGAGGACACACCUUUGGGAGCAGCAUCACUAGCCCAGGUGCACAAGGCAGUGCUGCAGGACGGGAGAACGGUGGCAGUAAAAAUCCAGCACCCAAAGGUCCAAGCUCAGAGCUCCAAGGAUAUUUUCCUCAUGGAGGUUCUUCUCUUGAUUGUGAAGCAGAUCUUUCCAGAUUUUGAGUUCAUGUGGCUGGUGGAUGAAGCAAAAAAGAAUCUGCCUUUGGAAUUGGAUUUCCUCAAUGAGGGCAGAAAUGCUGAAAGGGUUGCUCAGAUGCUCAAGAACUUUGACUUCCUGAAGGUCCCCAGAAUCUAUUGGGAGCUCUCAACAAGGCGUGUUCUUCUCAUGGAAUUCAUGGAAGGGGGACAGGUGAACGACAAGGCAUACAUGGAGAAGAAUGGCAUUGAUGUCAAUGAGAUCUCUCGCAACCUGGGAAAACUCUACAGUGAAAUGAUCUUUGUGAAUGGCUUUGUCCACUGCGACCCACACCCAGGCAAUGUGCUGGUGAAGAAGUGCCCAGACUCUGGCAAGGCCUACAUUAUUCUCCUGGACCAUGGGCUCUACCAGGUGCUGAGCGAGUCAUUCCGCAUGGACUACUGCCGCCUUUGGCAGGCCCUUAUCAAGGCUGACAUGAAGAGGGUGCAGAAGUACAGCCGGCGGCUCGGGGCAGGGGAUUUGUACCCUCUCUUUGCCUGCAUGCUCACUGCCAGGUCCUGGGAGUCUGUCAACAAGGGAAUUGACCAGUCACCAGUCUCAGCCAGCGAGGAUGUGGAGAUCCGGUCCAAUGCUGCUGCUUACCUACCCCAGAUCACCCAGCUCCUCAACAGUGUCCCCCGCCAGAUGCUGCUGCUGCUGAAGACCAAUGACUUAUUAAGGGGAAUUGAGUCAGCUCUGCAUACACGAGCCAGUGCCAGUUCCUUCCUCAACAUGUCUCGCUGCUGCAUCAGAGCCGUGUCUACGUAUCAGAGGAGCAAAAGUCACUCAAUUUUCAGGAGGAUCCACAUCUCACUCACAGAAGCACUGAGUCUAUGGCAGAUCAACUUGUAUGAACUCUUUCUGUGGCUGAAAGGGUCUGGUCUGGGAAACUGGGUCAUUGCUUUCCUGAGCCGGAUGCACUAUUCCACGUAACUGUCAUGAACUGAUGGGAGAGGCUCAAGUGUUCCCGCCCUCACUUCUACUCUCCAUGGCACAUUUGCAUUUAUGAUUUUUUCUGUCUGUUCUGUGGGCUAUUCUUGGGUCUUGCUCCUUGUUACAUGCUGCACUGUCCUUGCUUGUUACAACACAGCUUUCUCUGUGGCAGCAAGAUUGUGGAGUAGGUAUGAGGGU